AGCCUUCCCGCUCAGCCUCCGCAUCUCCUGUGGAGGGCGGCACAGCCCUGCUCAUUGUCCUCCUCACCUUCCGCCUAGGUGGUCUUCGGGAAGAAGCUUCCGGCCUUCGCCACAAUCCCCAUCCACCAGCUGCAGCACGAGAAGAAAUACGACAUCUACUUUGCUGACAAGAAGGUGUUUGCGUUAUACAGGCAGCUGCUGCAGCAUGAGUGCCCGCAGUGCUCCGCGCUUCCGUCUUUCAGCCUCUUUGGUGACCUGGAGCAGCACAUGCGGAGGCAGCACGAGCUCUUCUGCUGUAAGCUGUGCCUCAAGCACCUCAAGAUCUUCACAUAUGAGCGCAAGUGGUACUCGCGCAAGGACCUGGCGCGGCACCGCAUGCUGGGGGACCCAGACGACACGUCGCACCGCGGGCACCCGCUCUGCAAGUUCUGCGACGAGCGCUACCUGGACAACGACGAGCUGCUCAAGCACCUGCGCCGUGACCACUACUUCUGCCACUUCUGCGACGCGGACGGUGCCCAGGACUACUACAGUGACUACGCGUACCUGCGAGAGCACUUCCGGGAGAAGCACUUCCUGUGUGAGGAGGGUCGCUGCAGCACUGAGCAGUUCACCCACGCCUUCCGCACCGAGAUCGACCUCAAGGCCCACCGGACCGCCUGCCACAGCCGCAGCCGCGCUGAGGCCCGCCAGAACCGCCAGAUCGACCUGCAAUUCAACUACACUCCCCGGCACCCGCGCCGGGCCGAGGGGGUCGUCAGCGGUGAGGACUAUGAGGAGGUGGACAGGUACAACCGCCAGGGCCGAGCAGGCCGGGCCGGAAUGCGUGGAUCCCAACAGAGCCGCCGUGGAAGCUGGAGGUACAAAAGGGAGGAGGAGGAUCGGGAUGUGGCGGCGGCCGUCCGGGCCUCGGUGGCCAUGCAGCAGCAAGAAGAGAAGCACAGGAGUGAGGACCGUGAGGAGGGCAGCCGGGCCAAGGAGGAGGCAGCGGCACGGGUGUCCGAGGAGCCACGGGGUGCCCGGCGCUCACCCCGCACCCAGGCCGAAGGUCCAGGCCCCAAGGAAGCCUCGACAAAUGGUCUUGUGAGCCAAGAGGCUUUCCCCGCCUCGACUCCAGCUGCAGGGCUUCCGCCUCCUAGCACCCUGCCGCCUGAGCCAAAGCUCAAGGACGAGGACUUCCCCAGCCUGUCCUCUUGCCCCACACCAGCUGUCCCUGGCCCUGCGGGGCUGGCGCUCACGUAUCCCGUUCCCGCCAGGGGCAGGGGCACGUUUCAGGAGGAAGACUUCCCCGCCCUGGUGUCCUCGACGUCCCGGCUUGGCGCUGCCCCCACUAGCAUAGUCUCUGCUUGGAACAGCAGCAAGAAGGUGACACGGGCCUCCUUGGGGGUCCCGGCUGCCGGGGGGGGCCAGUCCACCAGGAAAGCCGGGAAGGGGAGUGGUCAGGGUGGCCGGAAAGAGGAGGAGGAGACGGUCUCACAGGAGCUGCGCAGCUCGUCCUUGCUGGCACUGGCCUCCUCCCAGCCCGUGGCCAAGGGCAGCCGCAAGAAGAAGAUGGGCUCUGAGAAGCCCGGGGCCACAUCGCCCCCGUCCCUCGACCACACCCCAAAGGCCCCCGACAAAGAUGGGCCACCUGGGGCUGAGCAGGUCCCCACCGCCCUCGGCAGAGCGGAGGGGCCGGCUGCUGCCAUCGUCAACGGACACGUGGAGGGACCAGCCCUGGCGCACAGCGCCCCUGAGGAACCCCCCGGGCUCCCGCGGCCCCUGGGGCCCCCGCCCUGCCCCACACCCCAGGAAGACUUCCCGGCGCUUGGUGGCCCUUGCCCGCCCAGGAUGCCGCCUCCCCCAGGGUUCAACACUGUGGUGCUGCUGAAGGGUGCACCGCCCCCACCCCCGCCCCCGCCUGGGCUGGCAACCACCGUGAGCAAGCCACCUCCCGGCUUCUCCAGCUUCUUGCCCAGCCCGCAGCCAGCCUGCGUGCCCAACACCACCACAAAAGCGCCCAGGCUGACCCCCCCACCCCGGGCCUACCUGGUCCCCGAGAACUUCCGGGAGAGGAACCUGAAGUUGAUCCAGUCCAUCAAGGAUUUUCUGCAGAGCGACGAGGCCCGCUUCAGUAAAUUCAAGAGUCGCUCGGGGGAGUUCAGACAGGGCGUGAUCUCCGCAGCCCAGUAUUACAAGACCUGCUGGGAGCUGCUUGGGGAGAGCUUCCAGAAGAUCUUCAGCGAGCUGCUGGUGCUCUUGCCCGACACAGUCAAGCAGCAGGAGCUGCUGUUGGCGCACACAGACUUCUGCAGCCACGAGAAGCCUCCAGGCACCAAGUCCAAGAAGAGCAAGAAGAGCGCGUGGCAGGCCAGCACCCAGACGACAGGCCUGGACUGCUGCGUCUGCCCUACCUGCCAGCAGGUGCUGGCACACGGCGACGUCAGCAGUCACCAGGCGCUGCACGCUGCCCGGGACGAUGACUUCCCCUCCCUGCAGGCCAUCGCCAGGGUCAUCACGUAGCUUCUGCCGGCACGGGCAGGAGCUGCCGUACCCUGAGC